AUGCAAGCUAAGUUUGAACAAAAUCAAGCUAUAAGACGUUGUGCAAUCUAUAAUCAAAUUUUUCCAACAAUUCCACCCAAAAUACAUGAUGAACAUUUAGCCUAUACUGGUGAAAAUAGUCAAGACUUCUAUUUUCCUUCAACUCAAUAUAAUUUAACACAAGAACAAAAUAUGGGUAGCUUAGGACUGUGGAUAGUCAUUAUAUUAGGUCAAAUUAUGGUUAAAAUUGAGGUAGAUAUCUAUGCCAACUAUCCAAAGCGACCAUCAGUAUUUAAGAUUCAAAAUUUUUAUGCUAUUGUUGAAUAUUACCUACUUUAUGAAUUUGAAGGGUCUAAAGCAAUGUUAGCCUAUAUCCAGUGGACAUCAACUGUUGAAGAAGACAGUGUUGGGGUAAAAAAAUUUAGCCGAUUUAGAUCAUAUGCAUUUAUUAAUGCAUCUGCUAUUGAUCGUUGUGUAGGCUUUGUUGAAAUUGACAGGUUAUUUUAUAUUGUAGACAAAGAGGCAGAUGAUGAUAAUAAUUUAGGAGUUGCAUAA